CCCCAGCGUUCUUCCGGAUGGUGCGUCCCGGAUGGGGCGGAGCCGGUAGGAAACGGCGCGAAAACUGCGCGAAACGGCGCGAAACCGCGCGAAACCCCGCGUAGUCUGAUCUCACUAUGGCGCAGAGCCGGGUCACCGAUUUCUUCGCUUGCCGCCGCCCGGGGUCGGUAGCUCCGCAGGUCAAGGCAGCCUGCCGCACCCCGAGCCCCACCGGGCCCUCGCCCGCCCUUGCCCCGGGCAGCAGCCGCAAGCGCCGGAGACUGCGGCUGCGGGACGCGGACUCCCUUCCCGGUUCCCCAGCCGCCCCCAGCUCCCCUACCUGUCAUUCACUGGCCAAGAAGGUCAAGAAAACCUCUGCCUCUGCCCCAGCCGGUCACCUGUCUCUCCUUGCAGCCCCCCAGAACAAGGUCCCCUCGAAAGACGCUGUGCCCGAGCUCCAGGCAUGCCUCCAGCGGGCGCGGGAGCUGAGUGCACGUGUCCGGGCGCUGAAGGACAGGGCUCAGGAGGGUGCUGAGGAGCCCAGCCCACCGGAGGCCGAGGGCCCUGAGAAGCGGCCACGCAGCGAGAAGGUGCCUGCCUACCAGCGCUUCCAUGCCUUGGCCCUGCCUGGCCUGCCAGGCCUUGUGCUGCCCUACAAGUACCAGGUGCUAGCUGAGAUGUUCCGCAGCAUGGACACCAUCGUGGGUAUGCUCCACAACCGCUCCGAGACCGUGACCUUUGCCAAGGUCAAGCGGGGGGUCCAGGACAUGAUGCGCAGGCGCUUUGAGGAGUACAACGUGGGCCAGAUCAAGACGGUGUACCCCAUGUCCUACUGCUUCCGCCAGGAGCGCAACGUCCCCACCUUCAAGGACAGUGUCAAGAAGUCUGAUUACCAACUCACCAUAGAGCCGCUGCUGGAUGUGGAGGCUGGUGGCACCACCCCUCAGCUCACAGCCUCGAGGUUGCUGCAGCGGCGCCAGGUCUUCAGCCAGAACCUGGUGGACCGGGUCAAGGAACACCACAAGGCCUUCCUGGCCUCCCUGAACCCCCCCAUGGCUGUGCCUGAGGACCAGCUGACACGCUGGCACCCACGCUUCAAUGUGGACGAAGUGCCUGACAUUGAGCCAGCCGAGCUUCCCCAGCCGCCCACCGCGGAGAAGCUCACCACUGCCCAGGAGGUGCUGGCCCGUGCCCGAAACCUGAUGUCGCCCAGGAUGGAAAAGGCCUUGAGUCACGCAGCUCUGUGUGCAGCAGAGCCCCGCAGCCCUGGGUCCCCCAGCCCAGCACUGCCUGCCAGCCCGCCCACCAUCCCUCCCAGCGUGCUGAAGGGCGUGCCCCAGGCCCUGCUGGAGCGGAUCCGUGCCAAAGAGGCCCAGAAACAGCUGGCACAAAUGACACGGCGCCCGGAGCUUGAGCUGAGGCUGCAGCGACUGGAACGGUUGCCUGAGCUGGCACGUGUGCUGCGUGGUGUCUUUGUGGCCGAGCGUAAGCCCGCACUCACCAUGGAGGUGGCCUGUGCCAGGAUGGUGGGCAGCUGCCGAGCCACCCUGAGCCUGGGGGAGAUGGAGAAGCACCUGCUGCUCCUCGUUGAGCUGCUGCCUGACUGGCUCAGUUUGCACCGUAUCCGCACCGACACCUACAUCAAGCUGGACAAAGCCGCCGACCUGGCCUCCAUCACUGCACGGCUGGCCCGCCAGGCCCGCACCGAGGAGGGGCAGUGAGCCCCGCUUUCACUCCUGUCACCAAAAGUCCCCGUCCCUGAUGGCAACAGGCUUUGUGGCCUGAGCCUCCUGUCAUGUGGGCUCCCAGGAUCUCAUGCAGUGUUGGUGUUGCCUCUGCCCUGUGGGGCUCUGUCUUUGCUGCCUGACGGCCGUGCAGUCCUUCGGCACUGCUGUGGGCAGGGAAGGGGCCCAGCGCCUGGUGGGCUGCACAGGAAGUGGUGUUGUGCAGAGCUGGCAGUGUGGUUGGCAGUGUCCUCCCAUCUGCGUCUUGGUGCUGAAGCGUGUGAAUGGUGACCUCGUGAUGGGGGGCUGUUCUGAUGUCCACCCACAGGCUUGCUGGGCAUCUCCCCCAUCACAGGCUACUUCAAGCCUGUUCUAGGUCCUGCCCAAGGCCAGAGCCAGGCUGAGUUCAGAGCAUACCCAGAGCUGCCUGCCUUGUACUCAAGAGAUGCCUUCCUGUAAGACAUGCCAUGCCAGCAGGUAGUGUGGGCCUCUGGGCACACCAGUGGAUGAAAGAUGAGGUUCCAUGUGGCAGCAUGAAGUCAGACUCUCUAGAAUGAAGAGAACUUCAGUUUUCUAGGUUUUGUGCUAAAAUAAUCUGUAGAACUUAAGGUGGGACUGUUUGCUUUGCUUACUUCUAGUUUAGCCUUUUCAAAUAUCUAAGGCCUUGGAAGGAGAACCCAUUUUGUAAUCUUAUUGGCUUUUUAUAAAGUGAGUCAUGUAAGAUUUAAAUAAAAUUCACUCCCGAGACUACUGCUUUGGAGUGCUGUUAACUGCUGUG